AUGGUCAUCUACGAAAUCAUAUGUGUCUUUGAGUGUGUCUGUAUUCCUGUCUCUCUGUCCCUCUCCCCUGAGGUCUUGGAGGACACUAAAGAGAAGCGCACCCUACUGCUCCAGGCAGUGAAGUCUCUGUUCCCUGGACGCAGGUUCAUUGUGGCCUACCAUGCUGCUGAGAAGAAAGCACUCGCAGCUCCCAGGAAGCACUCAUGGCCCAAGAGCAGAGGGAAUUUCUGCCACUGCACCCCCUAUAAGGAGAACAAGGACACCAUGGAGGCCAUCAACGUGCUCUCCAAGUUCCUCAGAAUAAAGCCGAACCUCAUUUCCUACAUGGGAACCAAAGACAAAAGAGCAAUCACCGUCCAGAGGAUUGCUGUGCAAAAGAUCACUGCUCAGAGACUUUUUCAACUCAACACGUGCCUGAUGAACUUCAAGCUAGGGAACUUCUCCUACCAGAAACACCCCUUGAAACUGGGGGAGCUGCAGGGAAACCACUUCACUGUGGUGAUCAGGAAUAUCUCCGGGUCGAAUGAACAGAUGGAGCUAGCUAUGGUCUCACUGCGGGAGACGGGAUUCAUCAAUUACUACGGCAUGCAGCGCUUCAGGACCACUGCGGUGCCAACCUACCAGGUUGCGAGUAUGUGUGUAGCUGAGAUGGGGUACCUGGUGCAGUGUCGUGAGGAGUGGGCUCGCUCUCAGGACCCUGAGGCUGCGCUCAGGAAGCUGCAGGUGAAGCGCUGUGUGGAGGGGCAGCUGCUGCGCGGACUCUCCAGCUACGGGAAGAACAACAUCAUCGCUGCGUUCGCCGUUAUCCCCAGGAACAACCGGCUGAUGUACAUCCACAGCUACCAGAGCGACGUGUGGAACAACCUGGUGAGCCGGUGCAUUGAGGAGUUCGGGCUGAAGGCAGUGCCGGGGGACCUGAUCCUGAGGAGAGGUGAGGCAGAUGUGUCUGACUACUCCAUCCGUGACGUGGUGAUGCCUCUGCCUGGCUUCGAUGUCAUUUACCCCACACACACGAUUGGGGACGGUUACAAAGAGAUGAUGGAGGCAGACAACCUGGACAUCAACAACAUGAGGCACAAGAUCCGUGACUACUCCCUCUCCGGAGCGUACCGCAAAAUCAUCACCCGCCCGCAGGAGGUUAGCUGGGAGGUGAUCUCAUACGAUGAUCUCAAGAUCCCGCUGGUCCACACCGACGUUGAGAAGCUGGAAAGGAAGCUGCCUCCUGUGUGUCGUAAAGAAGGGAAGUACCGCGCGCUGCGGAUGGAGUUCUCCCUGCCCCCCUCCUGCUACGCCACCAUGGCAAUCUGCGAGGUGCUGAAGAUGGACACAAGCAUCAAGAACCAGAUGCAGCUCAACACUGUGUGGCUGCACUGAGGCUGGCUGCAGGCAGGGCGCUGGGCACUCUUACACAGUGUAUGUGCGCACUAGGGUGGAAGUGACACCCACUGCAGAGCAGUCUGAUCCAUUCCUGUACUGAGUUC